AUGGGUCCCGAGGUAUUGGCCUGUGGUGGGCAAAGAUGCUCCUUCUUGUGGCGAGAGAUAGCGAGAUACUUGCCGACUGUCUUCGCGCAUACUAGAUGGCUGAUAGGCAAUGGGCGGAGCAUCGAUGUGGCUGGUGAUCCAUGGGUGGAUGUCCUCCCCUUACGGCAUUGGUCGACUGUGGUUAGCGUCGAGGCGGCGGAGGGCCAGCAUGUUUGUGAUCUCCUUGUUCCUGGGGGGGAUGAGUGGGACGAGGCUAGGCUGGGUCAGCUUUUCGAAAAUCACCUUACGGAGAGGGUUUAUUCUCUCCUGAUACCCGAAUGUGCAGAUCCUGAUAUCCAGAUUUGGAGCUCCUCAAGUAGGGUCGGCGUCAGGGUGAGAGACUUUCUUGCCUGCAUCGGCAGUGCAUGA